CCAAACCCCCAUAACCAAAAAAAUUCUCCUGUUCUCUCUUCGUUGAGGUUGUCCGUUGUUUUACAAUUUAUUAAAUUAAAUACAAAAUGUUAUCGCGAAUUGCAAAAUAUCGCACAAUUUCUCGAAGUUUAGCUUUAAUUACCCAAAAUCGUUCAGCAAUUGCCACCAGGCAACUUAUCCACAAACCCUCACAAACACAAUUCCUUAACCACUCAUCACGAAACCUCACUAUUUUGUGUUCGAAAAAUUUUUGCAGUGCAAAGAAAAAUGAUGAUGAAAUUGACGAAGCCAAUGGAUAUGUGGUCAAUAAAGAUCCACAAUUGCCAGCGACAGUGGCAGUUCCAGAAGUCUGGCCACAUGUUCCAUUACUUGCAACACGCAGAAAUCCAGUCUUUCCAAGAUUCAUGAAAAUUCUGGAAGUAUCAAAUCCAAUGGUUAUUGAUUUGAUAAGAAGAAAAGUUCGAUUAAAUCAACCGUAUGUUGGUGUUUUCAUGAAAAAGGACAGCGAAAAUGAAAACGAAUUGGUUGAGAAUUUGGACGAUGUUUAUAGGUUCGGUACAUUUGCACAAAUCCAGGAAUUACAAGACUUGGGCGACAAAUUGCGUAUAGUAGUUGUUGCUCAUCGCAGAAUUAGAAUCACCGGACAAAUGAUGGAGGAUCUUACACAAGAGCCAAAAGAAAAAAUGACUAUACAUUAUCCGAUGUUUAAUGUUAAAAUGAACGUCUCAGUUGAUGAAACAGAUAAUGAUCGACGAAAACGAAAACCUCGCACUGUGCGAAAUAAUAAGACCAAUCGGCCGGAAACUGUUGUCCAAACGACGCCGCCGCCAUCACCAAAGGUGCCACUUUCGUCGUUGAACCAUGUUUCGACUGCUGAUAAAGAUACCGCCGCCGGAGAACUUCCACCCGCUAAGCAGCCUGUUCUGAUGGUUGAAGUUGAGAAUGUUAAACAUGAACCAUAUACGCAAACCGAAGAAGUUAAGGCACUUACUCAGGAAGUUAUUAAAACUAUUCGCGAUAUCAUCACCAUGAAUCCAUUGUAUAGAGAGAGUUUGCAGCAAAUGUUACAUCAAAACCAACGUGUCGUAGACAACCCCGUGUAUCUUUGUGAUUUGGGAGCAUCUUUAUCAGCCGCUGAUCCUGAAGAAUUGCAAAAGAUCAUGGAAGAAAUGGAUAUUCCCAAAAGACUUUUAUUAGCUUUAGCACUUUUGAAAAAAGAACUUGAGCUCUCAAAGUUGCAACAGAAAAUUGGACGAGAGGUCGAAGAAAAAGUAAAACAACAACAUCGAAAGUAUAUUCUUCAGGAGCAACUUAAAGUGAUAAAGAAAGAGCUCGGCAUAGAGAAAGACGAUAAGGACGCCAUUGGAGAGAAAUAUAGAGAAAAACUCAAAGACAAAUUGGUACCUGAGAACGUGAUGACUGUUAUUGAUGAAGAACUUAACAAGUUAAACUUUCUUGAAAGUCACAGCUCUGAAUUUAACGUUACACGAAACUAUUUAGAUUGGCUCACUACACUGCCAUGGGGUGUAUUAAGUGAAGAAAACUUAAGCCUAGACCAGGCCACAACAAUUCUUGAUGAAGAUCACUAUGGAAUGGAGGACAUUAAGAAGCGAAUCUUAGAAUUUAUAGCUGUUAGUCAACUUAAAGGCAGCACUCAGGGUAAAAUCCUUUGCUUCCAUGGCCCUCCUGGAGUUGGUAAAACAAGUAUAGCCAGAUCGAUUGCAAGAGCUCUGAAUCGUGAAUAUUUUAGAUUUAGCGUUGGUGGUAUGACUGAUGUAGCUGAAAUCAAGGGUCAUAGGCGUACUUAUGUUGGUGCAAUGCCUGGAAAACUUAUUCAGUGUCUUAAAAAAACAAAAACUGAAAAUCCAUUGGUCCUUAUUGAUGAAGUGGACAAAAUUGGAAAGGGCUACCAAGGAGAUCCAAGUUCAGCUCUGUUGGAACUUCUUGAUCCUGAACAAAAUGCCAAUUUCCUAGAUCAUUACUUAGAUGUUCCAGUAGAUUUGUCUCGUGUUUUAUUCAUUUGUACAGCCAAUGUGACUGAUACUAUCCCCGAGCCAUUGCGUGAUCGAAUGGAAAUGAUUGAAAUGUCAGGAUACGUUGCGGAAGAAAAGGUGGCAAUAGCAAGACAAUAUCUCAUUCCAACAGCAAUGAAAGAAUGUGGUCUUAAUGAAAAUCAAGUUAAAAUCACCGAAGAAGCUCUUAACACACUUAUCAGAAGCUACUGUCGAGAAUCGGGUGUGAGAAACCUUCAAAAACAUAUAGAAAAGGUAGUUCGUAAAGUUGCUUUCAAAAUAGUUAAAAAAGAAGCAGAGAGCUUAGAAGUAAAGAAUGACAAUCUCACUGUGUUCCUUGGCAAACCAGUAUUUUCUCAGGAGAGAAUGUAUAACGAAACCCCUGAAGGUGUAGUUAUGGGCCUAGCAUGGACAGCCAUGGGAGGAUCAUCCUUGUAUAUAGAGACUGCACAAAGAAAAAUUAACGAACAAAGUAGAGAUGGUAGUACAGGAGCUGGUUCACUUCAUCUUACAGGUCAUCUUGGCGAUGUGAUGAAAGAAUCUGCUCAAAUUGCGUUAACAGUUGCGAGAAAUUAUUUACGAAGCAUAAACAAAGACAAUACAUUCUUAGAAAAGAGUCACAUUCAUCUCCAUGUUCCUGAGGGUGCAACACCAAAAGAUGGCCCAAGUGCAGGUAUAACAAUAGUCACAGCACUAAUGUCAUUAGCAAAUAAGCAGCCAGUGCGACAAAAUAUUGCCAUGACUGGAGAGGUAUCUCUUAAAGGCAAAGUCCUACCUGUAGGAGGAAUUAAAGAGAAAACUAUAGCAGCAAAACGAAGUGGUGUAACCUGUAUUAUUUUACCGGAGGAAAACAAGAAAGAUUUCGCCGAAUUGCCUAGUUAUAUAACCGAUGGACUAGAAGUCCACUUUGCGGCGAACUAUGAUGAUGUUUAUAAAAUUGCAUUUGCGCCGCCCGCUUAG